GAGAUAAGCGUAUACUACAGCGAAAUUUCGUAGGAACUGAUGGCAGAAAAUGAUGAAAAGCAAAAGUUAAUGGAAUUUGUAAAAAAACAGCAGCUGUGAGUGAAUAAUUUUUCGUCUUUGGAAAAAAUAUAUAAUACAACAGCGAAAUAAAAUUGGAAGAGAAAGAACGUAAAUAUAAUAGUUUGGAUUAAAUAACUGAGAAAAAUUCGAGGAGUACAAUUAGAAGAAGGAAAAUUGUGACGUCAAAGAAGGGCUUCAAUUAUGGAGCAAGGUUUCAGUUCUGGAGGCUCUAAUGCUUCCGGAGAUAGUGUUGGAGGCUUUGGGCAAAAUACAACUAAUAAUGGAAAUGGUAGUGAUAUUAUAUACAAUAAAAAUGUCACACAAAAUAGUGGGGGCAAUGGCAACGGUUUAACACCUGAAGUUAAGGAGAUCUACAGAUCUCUCUACAUUGUUGCUAAACAAUUCGACGAUGAGAAGAAAAAAAUUAGCACUAUUUCCCAACUGUUUCAACAUGAUUUGGAGGAGAAACGUUCUCAGCUGGUUCAGCUGUGUAAAAAGAUUGUCUUCAAGGACUACCAAUCCGUGGGCAAGAAGGCACGUGAAAUUAUGUGGCGUAAGGGAUAUUAUGAGUUUAUCGCGUAUGUGAAGAAAAACUGGCAUAAAGAAUUAAAAGACACCACCCAAAUGAAUUCGCAAGACAAUCUCUUAAAAUUAGAACGUUUUCUGUGCGCUGGCAUAUCUAAUUACAAAAGAAUGGCAGCACAAAUGGAAGAGAUAUAUGAUCUGGAUUUAAAAUACUUAAUUGAUUUUAGCAUUAUUAGCGAUGGCUACAUACGUGAAAUCGAAAAGCAAACGGGCGAAAACAAUGGCGGAGGCGAUGAUGGUACUGCACAUCCAGUGGAUAAGAGUUUGGAAGCAGUUUCAUUUGCUCUAGAUACUAUACAUUCGUCACUCUUGAGUUUAGGAGACUUGCACCGUUACUUUUUGGAUUUUCGCAUCGAUACACGUCUAAAGGUUACAAAACAACACGCUGCCAAGUACUACUUUGAAGCGUUUAAAUUGAAUCCGGCAAUUGGCAUGUCGCAGAAUCAGUUAGGUACACUUUACUACGGCCAAAAUCACGAUUUGGAUUCCAUCUAUCACUAUCUAUACUCCUUGGUUAGCAUUGUACCGUUUGAGUUAAGUGAAAAUAAUGUGUGUAAACUUUUUGCCGCUCAUGCGGAUUACUUGGAAAAGUUGGACCCGGAGAAGAUAGAAUUUAGUCUGAAAGACUUUUACGCGCGAUUUUAUUUGAUUGUGGACAUAUUCUUCUUCGAUAAAGAAGUUCCCGAUUUUAACUCUCUUUGUCACUGUGUGCUUGUAGACUUACGCAAAGUUCUCUGCUCCAAGGCAUUCACCAUUGAAGAAAGUUGCAUCUUCAAAAUUGUCUCGAUACUAUUUUUUUGCUUAUCCAAGCUAAAGAUGAUCAACUCCCAGAAGGUUUACUCACUAAAUGCGUUUCUAGUAGCUGUGUGCUCGGAUCUAAUGGACGCUUGCAUUGUAAAUAUGGAGCAAACAAUUUUAGCCAAAUCUGCCGAGAAUGAGGAAUUCCAUGAAAUGUAUGCAGAUAAAUUUGAAGAGUUCAAUGUGGUUGUGCGCAAAUCACGCAACGAAUAUAAAAACUGGCUUGUUACUAUCGGAGAGGCCGACAAGAAAGAGAAGAAACUCAAUGCUAAAAUGUCAUUAAAAGAAUGUUCUUCUGAUUCGCGCGACAGUCAAAAUUCGAAUGACGAGUAUGCCAUCAAAACUCAGGACAGUCACAAGCACACUAAGAUUGAUGGUGGGUCUGAAAAGAAUGCUGAUCCCAUUUCUACACGGUCGAGCGAUGAAGCGAAAGAGAGCGAUCUGAAAACACCGUUAUCCUGCAAAAGCAAGAAGAAAGGCAUGAAACUACGUCGUCGUAGACGCAAAAUCGCUCAGUCGGAUGAUAGCUCUUGUUAUGACACCGAAAGCGAUAUGGAUACCGACUUUAGCACAGAGGAUGAGGACUAUACCGACUUAAGUUCAAAUUUUGACACUGAUUUCAGCGACAUUGAAGCUGAGCCAGUAGCUGAUGAACGAGAGGAGGCCGAUGAAACAGACUUUGUCAAACAGCCAACAAAGGCAGUACCUCAGGAGCAAAAUGCACCACGUUUAUCCUCGGCAGCUUCCAAGGAGAGCCUCACUUCCAACGAAGGCGUCGGUCCGACUUUCUCCGACAAUGAAGACAUUGUGAUAGAAGAGGAGAAGAUUAUUUAUCCCGAUGAACAGCAAGCCACACUGGUAAAGCAACGUACCGAUUCGCAGGAGGUUGACAGUGAGGAAUUGCUACGCAGUUUUGAGGUAUUGCAGCUGAAUGGCAGCGGUUCACUCAACUUCAAGAAUACCGACAACGAGGAAUCACUGCCCGUUGUCGUCGAAAACAAUGAAAAUAAUCAAACUGCUGAAGAUGUCAAUUUGAAUCCGGGCGAGCCGCCAAAGAAACUCGUGUAUCGGAACAAGUAUACGAAAAUUAAUCCGAAUGUAAUAGUUGAGUUUGCGCGCCACGAGCCAACCAUGCGUGCUUUGAAAAUUCUCUACGACUGGUUGCGCAUCAAUCAUGAAAUACUUUUUGGGUGCUAUCACUCCAAUCCCGAAUUCAUACACAAGAUCAUGAAAUUGUUGAAUUACUGCAACAUCGAUAUAUUCACACGCAAAGUAUAUUUCGAACGUGAAUUCUUAACUACACCCAACGUGCGCAAUCCACUCGGUGAUUUGUUUGAUGUGCGCGCCAAUGUGCCAUUGGCAGAAGAUUUCGUUUUUAAGAAUUUCGACAUCUUUCAAGGCACCCAACUGACACUGGAUUGGGAGACGACCAUACGAGAGCAUGUUACACCCGAAGAGGAAUGUAUUUUGCGCAUUUUCAAAAUGGUUGACUUCGGUUUCUUCAUUUGCAAGCAAAAGAAAUUCAAUUAUCGCUUCUGUGUGAAGACGCGCCGCUUCACCGAGAACGCCAAGAAGAAGCGCGAAGAGAAGAAAUCAUCAUCUCGUCGUCGCGAACGCCGCACCAUGAAAAAUGCAACACGCAAGCGUGCCGAAGGACGCACUCGCCGCUACUCGGAUCGCAAGAAUGGCAUCGUGCGCAAGAGUUAUACCAGCAAUGAAGAAAAGGACACCGUUGAGGAAUGCAAGAAAAUGCCGCGCAAAGGUUACUUGCGCAAUCGUAAUAUUGAAAAGUCGGUGACGGGCAAUAACUUCGGCGGUGCUGGCGGUGGAGGUGGUACAUCAGCAUCUACGACGACUAAUAGCGCUAUGUGUGACAAAGUUUUGCUGCAGUCCAGCAGUGGCGCCGACGAAGAACGCUCGGAGGCCAUGUCGAAGAAAUGUGAGAUUAUGGGGAAGUUAUGGCUGAAGAACGAGGUCGAAACCCUGGAGGAGGAGUUACGCAAAAAUCCAUUGAAUAUCAUCAUGACCCCAUUCUUAGUUGUUGAUGCUAAAGCUUUGACUGAGUAUAAUGGCAUUGUCAAGAAUCUGGUGAAGACUAAGAAGUUUAUUGUACUCAUACCGAAUGCAGUUUUGAACGAGUUGGACGAUCUGAAGAAGAGGAGCGAAAAUGCACGCAAUGUCAUCCGUUGGCUGGAACAGGAGUUUAAACAUGGCAAUAGGCAUUUGCGCGCACAGCGUGAUAAUGAGAAUUUGACCCUUUCGUUGUUGAAAAUACCACGGAAACUAGAUCGCGAUGCUAGUGUCUUCUUGCAAAUCGCACAGUUUUGUAAUCAUCUCGUUGCCAAUCAUUCUGAUCCCAAAUCUGCGGAGUUCCAAAGCAAUGUUAUCACUUAUUUGUCUGGCGAUUCACUUCAGGAGAAGCAACGCAAUCAAACUAAUUUUAGUUUCACUGGAAUUUUGGACACCAUCCCCGUACGUUAUGAGCAGAUUUCUAAUUUCUAUUCGAAAUUCAAGGCAAACAAGAAAUGAACCCAUACACGCUGCAGGAGCAACGCCUGCGUGGAGCGUUUUGUGUGAACUCAAGAUCAUAAAAACCAAUGAAGAGAUGAUGAUUAGGGAAGAUAAAGAAUAAGAAGUGCUUACGAAGGAUUAAGGGUCUAUGAAAACGAAAAACAAAAUCAAAUCAAUUCAAACAAAACCAACAAAAAACACAGAAAAUUCCAAAACGUGAAUGAUGAGUGAAUUUAUUCAACGCAAUAACAACAAGAGCGGCGGCAGCCAUAACGGCUACAACAGCGUUAGCAGUAGUAGCAGCAGAGCGGCAGCAUCAGCAGCAAAUAACAAAAACAAAAAGAAAACAACAAUCAAAAAAGCAACUGUAAGUGCAUACAAGCAGUUAGAAAAACCUAAAAAAAAACAACAACAAUUACAACUUUAUCGAGUUAAUUUGAGAACCACAACUACGACGAUGGAAGGUUAGGAUUAUGAUGAUGAGAGAUCGGUGGUGAUGCCAUGCCGGUGGUGUUGAUUUGAAAGUAUACGAAGAACAUGUGCAUUUACGACAUCGGCAGCAGUAGCAACAUGCAAAUAAAUCACGGUAACAUUUGUAGUGGCUUUGGGUAUAUAACUCGUCGUUGGUGAAAUAUUAUUUGUGAUGGCGAUGAUAGGGUGCCAUUGGUGAGCGAGUAGGCGAUUUCAUGAGUUUAUAUUGGCGGCGCAUUGACAUUGCGUUUACAGUUAAAACACUAUUAUCUGCAUUAAUUCCACAUGAAAUUCAGAAACAAAAUUAAAUUAGCUGAUAAAUAGAAGAAAUUAAAAAAAAAACAUUAUUUAAAAACCAUUUCAAACAUUUGACAAUUUUACAAAACAUAGAACAACAAUUUGACAAUUAAGAAGUUACACAAUCAAGAUUUGCAAUAAUCAUAUUUCUAUAUUAAACAGUUUUCGAAAUUUCCGUUUUGUUUUCAAAUUUCUUGGUUAACUUCAUCAUUUAGCGCUAAAUUCAUAAUACAAUUUUCUCUUUUUAUUUUUCAAACUCUUUUCUGAUAACUAUGUUCAAAUUAUAUCUCAUUCGCGCAAUAGAAGCCGCAGUCUGCCAGUUACACUCGUAUAAAUCGUGGUAUCGCCGCACCAACGUUUUCUCUACUGCUAUAUUUUAAGAGCUGUUGCAGUGGCAAGCUCAUUUGCAACACAUUCGAUCGCUAUAAACAAAAAUAACUUUCAAUCAGCAGCUGUCAACAGCAUAGUUUACAUUCGAAUAGGAUUGUGAGCGGAGCAAAAUUUCAACCAUUUGCUAGAAACAAAAUCCAAACUACGUUUUUGCAAUAAACAUAAAUGCCUCAACAAGCUUUUUCAAUAGCAACUUCAAAUUCCGGUACAAUAAUGCUGUGAAGCUUAAGGCAUUUCGCUUGUUUGUUUGUGUAGCCGCAGCCCCUCGAGAAGUACUAGUACAUGCAACCACGUCAACAGUCUUCGCAAUCUUCUCUAAGUGUAGGAGUAUAUUUGUGCGCGAGCACAAUUUUAAUUUCCUUUUCGCUAUGUUCCAAGAUAUUUUACAUAUUACAUAUGCAUACAUGUAAGAGCCUUCUACGUAAUGAAAUGUAAAAGAAUAUGUUAAGACUACAUUGAUUUAGUAUGUCAAACUGCCAAUGAAAUGCAUAACUUCCAUAUGAUAAUUUGUGGUUUCCCGAUUUGUCUGUGAUGACGUGAAACUGGCAUAAGUCAAUGUGUUUAAGCAUUUCUUUUAUGUUUCAUUGCGUAUACGUAAUAUAUUAUUUCAGUAAAUUUUAUUAAUUCAAAAUCAAUUUUGCAUAUAACAUAUUUGUAGUCUCGUAUGUACGUACAUAUGUAUAGUAUACUGCGCUUGGGUUGCUGUCUUCAAAUUCGCCGCAAAGCUAGAAGGAAACGAACGCACGAGUUGUGUAAGGUUAUUUAAAAUCCAUUGUGAACAAAUUAAAUGUAUUUCUAUCACUAAAAUCUGACUUCUCGCAACAUAAUUAGAAUUUCAAUAUUUAACUUUCAUACAAAUGUAGAAUUCAAUAUGGUGUAACAAUAACUUCAAUUUCUUAAACGUGUUAUUUGUAAAAUAGUUUAUUUCAAUUAUAAAAUCUUUUCCACAAAAUCGGCGCCUUAUUCCAGCAAUAAAAUGGACAGCAGCCCCAAACAGUUUAUGCAUAACUAUACUAAUAUUAUAUAAAAUAUUGUUUGUGUCAUUCAUAAAGUUGUGAAUUCGUAAAAACCAGCAUUACGCAGCGUUCCGCUAGGGUAUUUUCAUGCGAAAUCUGUUCUGAAACUAUGUCAACUCAAUUAUAUACUUAACAACAAUUCAGUUUUUCCACAACUUGAAAUAACUUAAAUUCCUUUUAAAUUUUUUUGGAAAUAUCAACAAUUUGCUUAAAUUUACUAAAUUUGCUCUUAAAUCUUUUAAAAGUACCCUCAUUGCUCAAUAAAAUACCCUUGCUGACUUCUGCGUUCUGCCUUUGAAUUAGCCUUUACACACACAUAUAUACACAUAGCUUUUCUUAAUAUAAACAUUAUUUUUACAACAAAAAUGAACACAAAUACAUAUAAUCAUAUCAGGAUUUAAUUUCAAACCAUAACUAAUUAUUUAAUUUAUGUUAAUCAUAGUCGUAAACAGCAACCGUUAUUUAAAAAACAAAAAGCCCAUCCUUCGUCUCCGUGAUCUUUGUUUUGCAUUACAGAACAAGAAAAAAAAAAACAAAAAUUAUAUUAAUAAAACACUUUUAAUGCAAGAGAACCCCAUGAAAGCUCUGCAAGUUGGUGUAGCUGCUUUCACAAAAGCUUUAAAGCUCACCGUCAAAAUUCGGCCGCUCGUAGGGCGUAUCCCUCUAGUGUGCAUAACUUGCACUCACCCGGAGCUUUACACUACACAACGCUUUUGGUUUUAUCUAACUAAAUCAAAUCAUUGUGUGCCAUUUGGUUCUUAGUAUUUGUGUUAAUAUUGAAAAAGGAAGGACAAAAAAAAAUAAAAAAUAAAAAAAAAGAUUUAUAAAUUUAUGACGUAUUUAAUAAUAGCAAUAUAGUUUGCAUAUUAUUUGAAUGAAACAUUUCACAAUACGCUUUAAUUUAAACCAGUUUGAGCCUUUUAAACCCUAAUUUCCUAUUCCUAAAAUAUAUAUACCAAAACAUAUAUAAAUAAUUCCCCCUCAAUUCAUUAAUAACUUUAACAAUAAAAAAAAAAACAAAUUGCUUGUCGGGUUUAACAUAGCUUACAUACAAAGACUAACUGCAAAUCGGUAACCUCAAAAAUACAACUUUUUAGUUCGAAUUUAAUUGCCUGUUUUUUUCUUAUAAAAUAAUAAAUUUAAAUUAGUGGAUAUUUUGAUAAAAAUAUUAUGUAUUUUGCACGUUUUAUAAAAUUUUAAGAAAUUCAUAUAUGUGAAUUGGUUAACUACAAUAAACAUUUCAAUAAAGCUCGACAGCAAAGAA